AUGUCAUCUGUGGGACAGCAGCAAGAACAGCUGCCCCAAUCAGAUCUUUCCCCAUCAUCAAAUUCUUCUAGUUCCUUUGAGAUAAUAGACAUGGAUGCAGCCAAUUUGUAUGAGCCGGUAUCUCCUCACUGGUUUUACUGCAAGAUAAUAGAUUCAAAAGAGACAUGGAUUCCUUUCAACACUGAAGAUUCACAGCAGCUGGAAGAAGCUUAUAGUUCUGAAGCAGAUUGUAAUGGAAGAGUUGUUCCCACCGAUGGGGGCCGAUAUGAUGUACAUUUGGGAGAGAGGACAAGGUAUGCUGUGUAUUGGGAUGAGCUAGCAUCAGAAGUGAGGCGCUGUACCUGGUUUUACAAAGGAGACAAAGACAAUAAAUAUGUUCCCUAUUCUGAGAGCUUCAGUCAACAAUUAGAGGAAACCUACAUGCUUGCUGUAACACUAGAUGAAUGGAAAAAGAAACUUGAAUCCCCAAACAGAGAAAUCAUUAUAUUGCAUAAUCCAAAGCUGAUGGUCCAUUACCACCCAGUGGCAGGAUCUGAUGAAUGGGGAUCUAUACCUACUGAACAGGGGCGCCCUAGAACUGUGAAGAGAGGAGUUGAGAACAUCUCUGUUGAUAUUCCUUGUGGAGAACCCUUACAAAUAGAUCAUCUGGUUUUUGUGGUCCAUGGAAUUGGACCAGCUUGUGAUCUUCGAUUUAGAAGCAUUGUACAGUGUGUAAAUGAUUUCCGUGGUGUUUCCUUGAACCUGCUACAAACACACUUUAAGAAAGCCCAAGAACAACAACAGAUUGGCCGGGUGGAGUUUCUUCCUGUCAACUGGCAUAGCCCUUUGCAUUCUACUGGUGUGGAUGUAGAUCUGAGGAGAAUUACUUUACCCAGCAUCAACCGCCUUCGGCACUUCACCAAUGACACAAUCCUGGAUGUCUUCUUUUACAAUAGCCCCACCUACUGUCAGACUAUCGUGGACACAGUUGCUUCUGAAAUGAACCGAAUAUACUCGCUUUUUCUGCGGAGGAACCCUAAUUUCAAAGGGGGCGUAUCCAUAGCUGGUCAUAGUUUAGGAUCACUUAUAUUGUUUGAUCUCCUAACAAAUCAGAAAGAUCCUGUGGAGGAUAAUGACAGUGAAAAGUUUACUCCAAGGGUUGUUUUGGAUCAGGAAGAUACACUGGGCCUAGAAGAAGAUCUCAAGAAACUUCAGCUCUCUGAAUUCUGUAGCCUCUUUAAGAAAGAGAAAAUGGAUAAAGCAGCUCUGGCUUUGUGUACAGACAGAGAUCUUCAGGAAAUGGGAAUUCCUUUGGGACCAAGAAAGAAGAUACUCAACUAUUUUAAAAACAGGGAAAACACACAGGGUAUUCAACAAAAUCAGCAGUCAGUUUUGGGAGAGAAUUUACCAGUACUUUCAGAAAAAUUCAAGGGCUGUAAUAGUACCGAUGGUGCUGGAAAUGAUGACUAUUUGGAUAUUAGCAUUGGACAGGCUUCUGUGAAAUACCCUAAGCUAAUCUAUAAACCAGACAUCUUUUUUGCCUUUGGAUCUCCUAUUGGAAUGUUCCUUACUGUCCGAGGAUUGAAAAGAAUUGAUCCCAGCUACAAACUUCCAACAUGCAAAGGCUUCUUCAAUAUUUAUCACCCUUUUGACCCUGUGGCAUAUAGGAUUGAGCCAAUGGUGGUUCCAGGAGUGGAAUUUGAGCCUAUGCUGAUCCCUCAUCAUAAAGGCAGGAAAAGGAUGCAUUUGGAACUGAGAGAAGGCUUGACCCGGAUGAGCAUGGACUUAAAGAACAAUGUGUUGAGUUCCUUGCGAAUGGCCUGGAAGUCCUUUACCAGAACUCCAUACCCAGCCCUUCAGGCUACAGAAGCAGCUGCUGCAGAUGAAACUGAACCUGAGCCUGAACCAAUACCAGAGAAGCCCAGUGAUGGUCAUGCAGGAGAUUCACUUGUGGCUGAUAAAGAAGAACCUGCUUCUAUCAAUGUUGGAAUGCUGAAUGGGGGCCAGCGAAUUGACUAUGUAUUACAGGAGAAACCUAUUGAAAGUUUUAAUGAAUAUUUAUUUGCAUUGCAAAGCCAUCUCUGCUAUUGGGAAUCUGAGGAUACAGUUUUAUUGGUUCUUAAAGAAAUCUACCAAACCCAGGGAAUCUUCUUGGAUCAGCCUACCCAGUGAAAACCACCAUCUCUGUGGCCAUUUAACAUGAAUACUGAGGACUUUGCGUCUCUAGAAAAAUCACCUUUCUUGUUGCUGCUGCCACCUUCUUGAACAUGGCCUGCCUCCUGUCCCCUACCCUUUG